AUCUGUUUUCCUCAGCGCUGAGUGGAUUAUAUUGUAUGGGAUUGGGGGCGGCCGCACGGCCGCGGCGGGACGGGGCGAGCGCGCGGCCCCCGCCGGCUGCCCGAGCAGCGGCCGCUUGAGCGAGUCGGCCCGCCGCCUCCCGCCCGGCGCGCCUCCGCUGGAGCUCACGCCGAGCGGCGGGAGCCGCCGCGCGCUGAGUGAGAGGCGCUGCCCGCGGCCGGAGUCCGAGCGAGCGAGAGAACGAGCGGGGAGAUGUGCCCGGAGGAAGGCGGCGCGGCCGGGCUGGGCGAGCUCCGCUCCUGGUGGGAAGUCCCGGCCAUCGCGCACUUCUGCUCGCUCUUUCGCACUGCGUUCCGCCUGCCCGACUUCGAGAUCGAGGAGUUAGAGGCAGCUCUUCAUAGAGAUGACGUGGAGUUUAUCAGUGAUCUGAUUGCCUGCCUGCUUCAAGGCUGCUAUCAGCGAAGAGAUAUCACGCCUCAGACAUUCCACAGCUACUUGGAAGAUAUCAUUAACUACCGUUGGGAGCUUGAAGAAGGAAAGCCCAAUCCUCUGAGAGAGGCCAGUUUCCAAGACCUUCCUCUGCGUACUCGAGUAGAGAUCCUGCAUCGCCUCUGUGAUUACCGGCUUGAUGCAGAUGAUGUCUUUGAUCUUCUUAAGGGUCUGGAUGCAGACAGUCUCCGAGUUGAACCUCUGGGUGAAGACAAUUCAGGUGCACUCUACUGGUACUUCUAUGGGACACGAAUGUACAAAGAAGACCCAGUACAAGGAAGGUCCAAUGGAGAACUCUCCUUGAGCAGGGAAAGUGAAAGGCAAAAAAAUGUCUCAAAUGUUCCUGGAAAAACAGGCAAAAGAAGAGGAAGGCCUCCAAAACGAAAAAAACUACAGGAGGAGAUUAUAUCCAGUGAAAAACAGGAAGAAAACUCCUUGACAUCUGACCCACAGACAAGAAAUGGAUCCCGAGGGCCAGGCCAAGGUACUUGGUGGCUCCUGUGUCAAACAGAAGAAGAAUGGAGACGGGUCACGGAGAGCUUCCGAGAGCGGACCUCUCUCCGAGAGCGGCAGCUCUACAAGCUCCUUAGCGAGGACUUCCUGCCUGAGAUCUGCAACAUGAUUGCCCAGAAGGGAAAACGUCCACAGCGCACAAAGCCAGAGCAACAUAGGUUUAUGUCUGACCACCUGUCCAUCAAAUCCAUCAAGCUAGAGGAAACUCCCAUGCUCACCAAGAUAGAAAAACAGAAGCGCAAGGAGGAGGAGGAGGAACGACAGCUCCUUCUUGCAGUGCAGAAGAAGGAGCAAGAGCAGAUGUUAAAGGAGGAGAGAAAGCGGGAAAUGGAGGAAAAGGUGAAGGCAGUGGAAGAUAGAGCUAAGAGGAGAAAGCUCAGGGAAGAACGAGCAUGGCUAUUGGCACAAGGCAAGGAACUACCCCCAGAACUUUCCCAUUUGGACCUGAAUUCUCCUAUGAGGGAAGGGAAGAAGACCAAGGACCUCUUUGAAUUGGAUGACGAUUUCACAGCCAUGUAUAAAGUUCUAGAUGUGGUGAAGGCUCACAAGGAUUCCUGGCCCUUCUUGGAACCUGUGGAUGAAUCUUAUGCUCCCAACUAUUACCAGAUUAUUAAGAUCCCCAUGGAUAUUUCAAGCAUGGAGAAGAAAUUAAAUGGAGGUUUAUAUUGUACCAAGGAGGAAUUUGUAAAUGACAUGAAGACCAUGUUCAGAAAUUGCCGAAAGUACAAUGGCGACAGUAGUGAGUAUACCAAGAUGUCUGACAAUUUAGAGCGGUGUUUCCAUCGGGCCAUGACAAAACAUUUUCCUGGUGAAGAUGGAGACACAGAUGAAGAAUUUUGGAUCAAAGAGGAUGAAAAACGGGAAAAAAGAAGGAGUCGGUCUGGAAGAAGUAGUGGAAGCCAUGUUUGGACGCGCUCCAGAGACACAGAAGGGUCCAACAGGAAACAGCCACCAGUGGAGAAUGGGGGAAAAUCAUUGCCCCCGGCACGCCGAGCUGCCUCCUCAAGGGAUGAUCAGAGCAGCAGUUCCAUACAUCUCCCUCCAGAGGUGGGCACAUCAAAUGGCGAAGGCUUUUCUCGCCCCCUGCACUGUGGUAGGGUGCCUAGUCACGCACCCCCUUUAAACCAGAUGAGGCCAGCAGCACCAGGAACAUUUGGCUCUCUUCAAGGAUCAGAUCCCACCAACUUACAUGGCUCCUCUCGAAUCCCAGAGGCACCACCAGGAGAGCCCUUGCAACAUCCACCCUUUGCUAUACAGGCUCCAGUUGGAAUUAGUAACCAUCGGGGAUCCCUGCUCAGUGCUCCAGACCUUUCCAAUAUGGCGUCACAUGUCCCAUCCUUACAGCUUGGGCAGAUGAACUGUCCCAGUCAAGAUGGAAACAUGUAUCCACCAGCUCCAUUCCAGGCAGGAUUUAUUCCUUCUAGGCAUGGUGGGACUCCAGCCCGACCCCCAGACUUUCCUGAAAGCUCUGAAAUUCCUCCCGGUCACAUUUAUCAUUCAUACAAGUAUCUAAAUCGAGUACACCCUGCUGUUUGGAAUGGGAACCAUGGUACUACAAACCCUGGACGUUUGGGGCCAGAUGAGAAGCCCCACCUGGGGCCAGGACCCUCUCACCACCCUCAUAACCUUGGUCAUGUGAUGGAUGGCCAAGUGAUGAGACAACCUAUCCCACCAAACCAGUGGACUAAACAGUCAAGCUUUCUACCUCAUGGAUUUCCUUCCUCGGGGUAUAUGCAGCCACCCUGUAAGUCUGCUGGACAUCGCUUGCAGCCACCUCCAACUCCAGCACCAAGUCCUCGGUUCAGAGGGCCCUCCCAGGCCCUAAGGGGGGCACAAGGAGGGGAAUCCAUGAUGGACAGCCCUGAAAUGAUUGCCAUGCAGCAGCUCUCCUCCCGAGUCUGUCCCCCAGGUGUGCCUUACCACCCCCGCCAGCCCACUCCUCCCCAGUUACCUGGUCCCUUUCCACAGGUAGCUCAUUCAGCAUCAGUAUGUGUGUCAGCGCCCAAGCCUACAUUGGACAACCCUGGGAGUACACAGGAGAUGACUGAAACACAAGAGCCCGAGGAAGACCAAGCAGAGCCUUUGCCUGGACAUGAAGAGAAAGCAGCAAGCAUUUGUUCUUCAGAGGGGGUAUACCUCAAACAGCUACCUCACCCAGCACCUCCCUUGCAAGCCAGCUGUACCAGGCAAAGCUCACCACAAGAAAGGGAAACAGAGGACUCUCAACUCAAAAGUGAUGCUUCAGACUCUGCAGACACUUAUAAAACAUCAAAGAACAAGAACACCUGGCCUUUGGACAAUAGCUACAGCAGCCCAGCUGUGCAAGGCUGUUUGAGAGACCUUUCCAUAGUGGCAGAGACAGGGAAUCUACCUGAAAAUGGGGUCGUUGGUGAAGCAUCUCCCUGUAGAUCAGAGGGGAAGGGCCUUGAUGGUAGUGGUUCAGAAAAGCCACUCUGCCCCAGGGGUAAAACAUUGCAAGAAGCUGUGCCAAGUACAGGACCGAAUGCAACUACACCUCCUUGCACAGAUCCCAGUUUGAUGGCAGGCACUGUGAACCAGUUUUCACCCUUAUACAUGCCUGGCAUAGAAUACUCUAACUCAGCUACACAGUACCCUAUGAGUCCAAGUUUGCAAGGCUUGGGGUCUAUGAUGGGAGGAAAGUCCCCAGGAUCACAGCCUCAGUCCUUUUCUCCCAGGGGUUUCCAGGCUAAUGGUCCCCACCCUGGACUCUUUCCUCGGUACCGCCCCCAGCAGGGAAUAAGAUACUCCUACCAGCCUUCCUCUCAGCCUUCCUACCACCCCUAUCAGCGGACUCCUUAUUAUACAUGUCCACAGGGCUUUUCUGAUUGGCAGAGAUCUCUCCCUUCCCAGAGAAUCCCAAGCGGACCCCCAGGGAGUCACCCUACACGCUCCCUCUUCCCAGAGAAGAAUGUCCUGUCUAGUCUGCAAGGUUGUGAGACCCUAAAUGCUGCCUUAACUUCUCCAACUCAAAUGGAUGCAGUGACUGCUAAAGUUGUUCCUCCUGAUGGACACAAUUCUGGUCCAGAAGAAGAAAAGAUGGAUGAAUCUGUGGAGAGGCCAGAGAGUCCCAAAGAAUUUCUAGAUCUUGACAACCAUAAUGCAGCUACUAAGCGGCAAAACUCACUGUCAACCAGUGACUAUCUUUAUGGAACUCCACCACCAUCUCUGAGUUCAGGAAUGACUUUUGGUUCAUCUGCUUUCCCACCCCACAGUGUGAUGCUGCAGACAGGGUCUCCAUACACUCCUCAGCGAUCAGCCAGUCAUUUUCAGCCUAGGGCAUACCCAUCCCCUGUGCCUGCCCAUCCACCUCCCCAUCCAGUAGCCACCCAACCCAAUGGCCUCUCUCCAGAGGGUUCCCUCUACUGCUGUCAGGAAGAGGGUCUAGGUCACUUUCAGGCUUCGAUGAUGGAGCAGACUGGCACUGGAAGCAGAUUAAGAGGCUCAUUUCAAGAAGUUCACAGACCACCAGGUUUGCAAAUGCAUCCAGUCCAGUCACAGUCCUUAUUCCCAAAGACCCCGGCACCUGCAGCAUCACCAGAACAGUUGCCACCACAUAAGACCCCAACACUUCCUCUGGAUCAGAGCUAGUCCAGGGAGGAACUAAGCCCCAAGGAAGUGGACAGCUGCAUGUGGAGACCCGAAGGCAGGCCUGGCGGAUUUGGAGGAAUGACUGUUGUACAUCUCUGUCCUGUCGUCCUGCUCCACCUCUUCACUGUGAAUCAAGCCUUCCUCAGAGCUGAACUGCAUAGGCCUUAGGUGCACGCUCUUUAGAUGACUGGCAGGCCUGUAGCUGGGAUCAUCUGCACAGCUGACAAACUAAACCAGAGCAAUGUACCUGGAGUUCUUGCUGGUUCUCCAAAUCCCAAGACUCUUGUUCAGGGAAAAAUCACUUUAAACUUGGGUGGAGGGUACAUGUAAGGCUGGAGUGGUGCUUUUAAACUUUCAUGAGCAGCUAAUCUCAGGUAUAUAUUUGGGGAAGGGACUACUUGUAGUAUUAAUGUUUUUGGAGCUGGGUCCAGUUUACAGAAGUUUCAUGUUGCCUUUUUUUAAUUAUUUUUAUUUUUAUUUUUUUUUGUGUGGUGAAUGUAUUGUAUAUAUAGUGGGACAGUCAGGUGAGCACAUGGAGGAGUUGGGAGCCCUACCCCGAUGUGGCCAGCACACUGUACUGGAAGAGUCUCUGUCUUUGUACAGUCAGGUCACACUGAAUGCCUGAGGAGCUUGGAGAAGAGACCCAGAAGACUGCAGGAUAUAUAUGUCGCUAACUUGUUUCCUGUCCAGCCGGCCUCGGAGACAACGUGUCCUCCUCAGCAUUCAUUUCACAGUUGGUUAGACGGUGCUGUCAUGUGGCUUACUGGGUGUUGCAGCCAUAGGACAGGCUGCUCUCAUUCUGGUGGCCUAAGUUCUGGACUUGGGAAAGCAUGUCCCUUCCUGCUUUUCCACCAGCUCUACCAGAUAGUUGUAAGCCAGGAAUUUGGACUCUAGAGUGUUUUACUUCUUAGAAGAUAAAGUGGCUUCUUCAUGGGCCUGUCAGGCCUGUGAUCUAGAAGGCAUCAUACAACGCUUUCUAGCACAAAUCACGUUUUGUGAAAGUGACUACUCAGGUUUGUUAUGUAUGUUAGUCUCAAUAAAGAAAUUGCACAGGUUUGAAUAAGGAAAGUAUAUCCUAUAGAUUUAAAUUUGAAAUUAGGACUAUUUCAGUAUGUGUAGUUUUUAUCCAGUUUAAGUGAAUCAUAGUAGACUCAGUCAUGUUGAUUUAAAGUAGCUGUCAAGGGCUAGUUCUUGGGAAUUAUUUGUUGUGUCUGUGAUAGGAAACAAUUUUACAGUAUUAAAUUACAUUACUAUGGAUUUAGAAGUGAAUUACACUGGAUUCUCCCUGUUUAGCCUUCUGUAUUUUAUUUUAGCUGAGAUGUCACCAAAGUUAGGAUCUAUGUUUAAAUUUUUGAAUAUCCCACACAGAAUAAACCAAGGGAAAUGCCCUGGAUUUGCAAGUCUUUGUAAAGGAAUAUGAUUUUUAAGUAUGCUUUGGGAUAAUAGAGAUUUCCAUAAUGUACUAAUCUGCCCUAGUAUCUAGUGUAGGUGUGGGGAGGUCAAUGGAGAAUCCCUCCAGUUCCACUGUCCUCGGGAAAUGUAGACUAGUCUGUGAGGAUUGCAGGGAAACAAUUGGGCACAUCCAGGCUGUAGAGAUAACUGGACGGAAGUGGCUGCUUACCAACCUGCUGGUGUUGCUGAGGACCCAGAGAGUGUCUCCCAGGUAUGGCAUACACAAAUAGGGAGUUUUCUUUCCUGUUUAAUUUGUGUUUGUAAGUUAGUUGAAUCAAAAGCCAGACAUCUGCAAUACAAUUUAGAAGAGCAACAAAGUCAGAAUUGUGCUGUUGAGCUGUAUAACUUAAGCAACUGCUACAAGUUUCGUGUCCACCACUAAUAGUGGGGGCCUGCAAAUCUCACUAGGACUGCUGCAACAAUCAGGCCCCACAAUGUCAAGGUGCUAAAACUAGAGGUUGCUAAGCUGCUUCCAACUCCCAUUUCACCCCCUUUACCUGUUCCUAAAGAAGUGCUGUGAACAAUACUGCAGAGAGAAGAAAGUUCCUUUAUCCCUUCCUAGCUUAUGGAAGAAAUUAAAUAGGAAAUUGAACUACUGUAUUAAGUUCUAACACUGUAAGAAAGGCCUGUUUUGUCCUGUGGUGCCUAGUACUUACAGGACCUAGUACUUCCUCUCCUCUUCUGGCCCCAACUUUUAUUGGUCUUUGAAGUGCUAGGUUUCCUGGAACAGCCAGAACCAGUGCUGAGCCUCUGUGAUCCCACCCCUCACUCUCUCAAAUGCAGACAAGAUCAUUGGUUUUUACCUUUCUGCUUCCAGCACUUCUCUUCCAGGUAUCUUACACAGAUGCAAUAUUUUAAAAGCAGAUGCAAAUAAUUGUGUUUGCAGUCUUCUUCAGUAGGGAAAUGGUGGUUUUUAGAAGAUGGAAUACUUAGAAGGUAGUAUAUAAGGAUGUCUUCACAGAUUCACUUUUAGGCCAGGACCUGCAUCUAUGCUCACUGUGACCUUGCUGGUAUGCUGACUCAGCGAUCCUUAGGAAGACAUAGUUGUGCAUAAUUGGAAGCACUCUUUGAUUUAGUGUUAGACUUAGCUUUAUCAGAUUUAGUCAUAACUUAGAACCCUUAGGACUUGAAAGAAAGAAAAGAUUCAGAAAGCACAAGUGGAGCCUUUUAGAAGGCUUAUGAGUGUGUGUCUUGUCCCCCAACCCCAGCCCUACUGUGAAAUAGUUUUUUUUAAAGGGAGAAAAAGAUAGCAAGAGUGUUGGCUAAAUUUCCUCCCCUUAGAAGAAUGUGAAUAUGCAGGGAUCUUGUUCAUGUAACUUUCCAUCCUAUCUCUUUAAAAUAAAUGUACAGCCACUCUUGCUCUCUGAGCCAGAUUGGUUUGGGGUCACCUGAUAGGGGACCUAUCUGAGCCUGUGAACUGCUCUUCAGUUCACACUGAGACUAGGCCCUAGGCCAUGUGCUCUCAAAUGGUAAAUCUCAUACUAGUCCAUAUAUUAAAACUAUAUGGAAAACUUUAAGACCUGUAGUCUCCUCCCUCAGCUCAAUCAAAUUUCAACUUUAAAUGUCAAUUACUCUAGCCUGCCUCUUGACUGGCCAUGGUGUUAUUAUCCAAUGACAUUUGUUUGCUGUAUGGUUGUUCUCUAUGUUAACUUCUACUGACACUAAAAGGUGUGCAUGUUGAAUGUAGUCUUAAACACACAAAUGUCCCAGUGUAGUUCUCACUAGUUUGCCACCAACAUGACUUCAAGUCAUACCACUUGGUCAGACCUUUUUUUUGUUUAAUGAAUGUUCAAAUCUAUAAAUGAUAAACUGUUCUUAAGACCUAAUCAGAGGUGGGGGAGGGGCUAAAGAUAUAGUUCUAUGCACUCGCCUAGCAUGUGCAGGUUCAAAUAAAGUAGGUCUGGUGGAAUGGAGCUGUAAUCCCAGCUCUUUCGAGGCUGAGGCUGGAGGAUCAUAAUUUCAGCCUUGCCUGAGCAACUUAGAUGCCGACACCAGAGUGAAAUGAGGGGUAGGGCAUAGCUCAGUGGUAGAGCAUUUGUGCAGCUUUGAUCCUCAGUCACCCCAACACUCCAUAAUUGAAAUUCCCCAGGAAGGCUUAAUCCAGAGUCAAGGUCAGAUGUCAAAAUCCUCAGGUGUUUCAAAUGACCUCAUUUGAUCUUCUAGCAUUCUUUACUGUUCCAUCCUUGACCUCCUCCUUUAUAUACUUAGAACCCCAAUGUGAUGUUCCCUUCACAACAGUGUAUCGGUGAGUGUUCAGUCCGGAGGGUUUCUGGAAUGCUGGCAGCUCUUGUCAACAGCUAUAGCAAAGACACUUGGCAUUUGGGUGGAACAUAAAGAGACAUUGCCCCUUCCCCCAUGAAUUUACAGCACUGCUUUAGUUCAAAUGUGAACCCAGCAUGGUGGCACAGACCUUUAAUUCCAGCAGGCAGAGGCAGAAAGAUCUCUGAACUCUAAAGUCUGCUUGGUCUAACUUCAGGCCAAAGCUUUAAGUAGUGAGACCCCCAUUAAAAUAGCUAACAAACCCCAAGAAUGAAUGUGACAAAUGUGAUUGAUACUUGCUGGUGAAAGGCUCUGACUACCUUUAUCUGUUUGAGCACACUGAACUCCUUAGAGCCUUAGGACCUGGCUUAGACCUUCCUUUUGAGUUGCAUGCCUAAUCACAGUAGGCUGACACAAGCCUGGCCUUGGUGCUAAGAUCUGGAUCCCUCUCUGUCAGUCUUGGGUUAAAACAUUCUCUAGGUAAGGUGGGACAAGCUUUCUACUUGCUUGGCUUAAGUUAGCUACUCUCACUCCAUCCUCUCACUUGGGGUUCAAUGGUGACAGCUGUGUGGAUAUUGAAUAAUUUAUUGAAAUGCUGCCUCCCUCCACCUCAUUCUGUAGCCUCUGUGGCUCCUUCAUUUCUUUAGGCAGGGGAUACCUCUCUCAUUUGACUCAUGAGCCCUAGCCCCAAAUUGAAAGUCUGCACACAGUAUAUGACAUUGGACAUUGUUAUCUUGCUACAGAAGUGAAUGCCCUGUGAACUGUCCUGGCCAGAAGGGAAUGGUAUUUAUUUUUAUAUUGUAUAUAUUUUGUCAUGGUCUGCUGGUUCCCUGCUGUUUCACUGAGAGCGACAAUUACCUCAAUAGUUAGUUUGAUGCUGUGUGUUGGAUAAUUUUUUGAAAGAACUUUUUAAAAAGCUUUUUUGAUCUUUGGAGAUAUGUAGAUUUAUUUCCAUAUGAACUGGUUAUUUUGUAUAAAGUGCAUUGUUAAAUUAGCAAGGCUUUCGCGUAUGUGCCUGGUGUGUGUUCAUGUGUCACUUUAUCAUCAG